UCAUUUUAAAUCUUUCCAGGGUGCCUUUCCCAAAGCAGAUCCCUCCCCGAGAGGGAAGGUGCAGGCAGAAGCAGCUGAUCGGUGUUGAUUCAGUGGGGUUGCUCCCCUCUUUUCUUUCUUCGGCCAGGAAAUGGAAGGCGCUAGAUCUCAGGAAGAAGCUCGAGUGAGCUGCCCGGUUUGCCUGCUGGAGCUCCCAGCCGCUAGCAUCAACUUACAUCUGGAUAGAUGUUUGCAGCUGCAAGAGGGCGAGGAGACAGACGAUCUAGCCACAGAGCGUGGGGAGAGUCGUGGCAGCCCGGAGGCCACGGGGAUGGGCCCGUCGCCGCCGCAACAACAACAACAACCUUGCAAUAAGAAAAUGCGCCUCGCCAGGUUUCCCGAGGGAAGUCACAGAGAAGAGGAGCCGGGGAGUAGUAGCCUCAAUCCAGCACCGGUGUUCUCCUUGUUCCACAAGGGGAGAAACUCCGGAGGGGAGAAGGCGGCGACAACGCCUUCGGGCCCUGCUGCAUCUCCAAGCCGGGGAAACGGGGAAGAGAAGCAGCUGGACAGGGGGACUCUCGCAACAGGAGCGAAUGCCUCGGUGCCUGAGCUGAGUGGGGAGAACCUGGCCCAGAAGCUGGAAGGGAAGCCGUUGGCGGAUAAGCUGCGGCCAAACCACCUGGCCGAUUUCAUGGGGCAGGAUCAAGUGGUGGGCGAGCAGACGCUCCUGCGGUCCCUGCUGGAAGCCCACGAAAUCCCCUCCCUCAUUCUCUGGGGGCCACCAGGCUGCGGCAAGACGACCUUGGCGCACAUCAUAGCCAGCAGCAGCAGGAAGAAGGGCACCCGCUUUGUGACACUGUCAGCGACGAGCGCCAAAACCAACGAUGUCCGAGAUGUCAUUGCCCAAGCCCAAAACGAAAAGAGGCUCUGCAAGAGGAAAACCAUCCUCUUUAUCGAUGAGAUACACCGUUUCAACAAGUCUCAGCAGGACACGUUCCUGCCUCACGUCGAGUGUGGGACUGUGACUUUGAUCGGGGCGACCACAGAAAACCCUUCCUUCCAAGUCAAUUCCGCUCUCCUGAGUCGGUGCCGCGUUAUUGUUCUUGAGAAGCUCUCGGUUGAGGCGAUGGAAGCUAUUCUGAUGCGAGCGAUCAAGUCCUUAGGGAUCCAAAUUCUAAGCCAAGAUGAGGCACAUGCUGGCUCUGUGAAUGGCAGCGACAGCAAGAGCUCUGAAUCGUGUGUGCACAUCGAGAGAAAAGCGAUCAACACUCUUGCUUAUCUUUGUGAUGGUGAUGCAAGAACUGGACUGAACGGACUCCAGAUGGCUGUCCAAGCCAGGUUAACUAAACUCCCCCACCAGAAUAAUAUGUAUGGCUGUUCUGCUAAUGGAAUGGUCAUCACAGAAGAUCAUGUGAAGGAGGGUCUCCAGCGAUCCCACAUUCUGUAUGAUCGAGCUGGUGAAGAGCAUUACAACUGUAUCUCUGCACUCCACAAGUCCAUGCGAGGCUCUGAUGAAAAUGCUUCUCUUUACUGGCUUGCACGAAUGCUUGAAGGUGGUGAGGAUCCGCUAUAUGUAGCAAGAAGGCUGGUGAGGUUUGCAAGUGAAGAUAUAGGAUUGGCAGAUCCCUUGGCAUUAACUCAAGCAGUGGCUGCUUAUCAAGGCUGCCACUUCAUUGGAAUGCCAGAGUGUGAGGUCUUACUGGCACAGUGUGUAACCUAUUUUGCCAGAGCACCAAAGUCUAUAGAAGUGUACAGCGCUUAUAGCAAAGUCAAGGCAUGCCUGAGAAACCACCAAGGACCCCUUCCACCUGUCCCUUUGCAUUUGAGGAAUGCACCAACUAGGCUCAUGAAAGACAUAGGCUAUGGGAAAGGUUAUAAAUAUAACCCCAUGUAUAAGGAACCUGUACAGCAGGAUUACCUGCCUGAAGAGCUGAAAGGGAUCACUUUUUUCCCCCAAAGAAGAAUGUGAUGACCUGUGACUCUCUCUCUCUCUCCCUCCACACAUAGUUUUAAUACUAAUUCUGUAAUAUUUUUCUACCGUUUCAUUCUGUUUUAAGGCCACCAUGUUUUCUGGGCUGACAAUAUUGAAUUAAUAGACUUACAGUGACAUGCCUAUUGAUAAUUUGUUAAGAGUUAUUAAUGACAAAAGUCUUGUUUGGCUGAAGUUAAUAAGCCAUUGUAUCCUAGGGCAGAAGGUAUGUCAGACGUUUUGGACAGUAUGCAGGCAAAUGUUGAGCUACAGUUAACAUGGGAUUAAGAUGAGCUUCAAAUUAUUGGACUGAAGCAAGCAUAUUUGAGUCAGAGAGUAUUUCUAAAAAUAAAAUAUGUGGGGCACAAUCUAGCCCAAAAUUAGGCACUUUCAAGUCCCAACUGGGAUCAUUAAAGGCGCAAUCCUAUGCGUGUGUGGACAGAAAAAAAGUCUUGCAACUCCCAGCUGGCUGGGACAUGCUGGGAUUUGUAGGAGGUUUUUUUUUCCUCUUUGGACAUGCAUAGGAUUGCACCCUAAGUGUAUUUUUAAAUCAAUCCAAUUAAAAGUGGUUAAUUUGGACUUGAUCAUGCCCUUGGUUAGUAAUUUUAUAUUGCUUACUCAAAACUGUGAAAAAGGAUGAGGUAAGAAUCCUUUUCUAUCUUAAGGUGCAUUUCCACUUUAAGAAGGAAAAAAAAUGUGACAGAAGUUUCACAUAUUGUUAAACCUGUGAAAUUGUGUAAAUAAAGUUGAUUUCAAAAUUA